UGGCUACCUAUCUGGCAUUUCUCAAUGAGAUAAAGGUCUGAAACAUUUUGGUUUCAAUAAGAGAAUUAAGAGAGUUCUUAAAACAUCCUACUACACAAUUAUCACAUCGAUGCCAGCUUAACUGUAAAGCCUCUCUCCUCUCUUUAAGGAGGAGCAUCUGGAAUUCUCCGCCAGAGAGCUGCUCUAGUGCUCAUCAUAUUCAAAUGGCAACUAAAGUGGUAUCAAAGUACUAUAAUUAUGUUAUUUGAAAAAUACCUUCAGUGCAUAGUCAAAAGAAAAGUCACACUCCACUUCAUAGUCAAGUUUCUUCCACUGUACAUAACAGACUGGCAGUCUUGUUUUGUGAUAACCAAAAUGGAGGGUGGUUGCUUCUUUUGUUGUGUCUUAUUCUCUGUGGAAAUGUUUUGCCAAUCUUUUAAGGGCUGUGUGAGCCACACUUUAAAGGGGAAAUGUCUUGUUUGCAGGUCAUAGUCCACACAGCAGCAUGCCCAUGCCAAUAUGAUCCCAUCUCUAUUCCUGACAAGUACUUUGCCAACAAGGGAAUAAAUAAUCCAAAGGCAUUCCCACCUCCCUACACACACACAUCUUAUUUGAGAACUGCUGUUUGCCAGAGACAUUGUGCCUUCUGCUAAAAGUCAUUUUUCACCAUGAAAAGGAACCUCCCCCAGAUUCAGCACAGCCUGUAGGUGUUCAUUUCCUUCUUUUCUCUGUUCUGUUAAUUUUGGAACAGUCUUUCUGGGGGGGGGGGGGAGAUAAAAUUCUUGCAGACCAAGAACACAUUGUGUCAAAAACAGAGGAAGCAAAUGGUGUUUGAUGCACUUUCCUAUUGACAAGGACAUAUAUGAGAACCAUUAAGAUGUGAUGGGGGAAGAAUAGUCCCAACUGCUCAGUGUGCAUAUUUGCUUUUCCAGAAGAAUAGUACUUUGAAGCUGUACUAAAUGAAAAGAGUAAGAAAGAAGGAGGGACGUCAGUUGUUAUACAUACAUUAUUGUUUACCACAGGAUUUGACUUUUUGUUGAGGUGGCUGUUGAUUGGUAACUUUCAAGUACUUCAGUUGUGUUUUCAGCUAAUAAGCCACCCACUCAAGCACCCAUGUUAAUUGAAUUGCUUUUAUAAACAAAGACCUGUCAUGGGGAGUGUGUUUCGAAAAGAGAAAGAUGUCCUCCCCCACUCUAAAUUUGACAGAACAGUGCAGCUUCUGUAGCUAAACUAACAUACAUAGCUGCAAGGUCUCUGCUUUAAAAAUAAUGAAAAACAGGAGUAGCAAAUAAGAUUCCAAAAGAAGAUUGUUUCAUAGAAAAGAACAUUAUACAGUAGAUGCUUCUAAGAGCCAUUUCCCCCCAUUUCGAAAAGAUAUGAACCAAACCAUUUGUUCUUUGUAGCAGAGAGAAUGGUUUGGAAACAACUUGCUAUACUUGGACCAUAGAAGCAAAGCAGUCUCUUGCUAUAAUCUCCCCUUAUAGAUACCACCAGGAAACCUUCAAGAAAAACGGGGAUGCAUAAAUACAAUAAAGAAUUGUAGAGAGAAGAGUACAUCCAUGAAUUGAGAAGAGUACAUCCAUGAAUCCAAGAAUUGUAGAGAGAAGAUCCACCCAUUAUGUCAGAGAUAAUAUAGAGGAGGAAGCAUAGUUCAGUGGUAGAUGCCAUUUUGUGAAUCAUUGCAUGUAAAAGGUCACAGGUUCAAUGAUUGACAUUAUCACUAUUAUUAGUAUUAAGCCUUCUCCCUAAAGUGGGUACAGCUCCAUGCCUUAAUCAGUUUGUAUGCUCCAAGAGUGGGAACCAUUCAGUCAACAAGCUGCAUACAGUGCUUGGAGGUGGUUGAUUUGGAAGCCCUCAAGUAUUCCCCAACAACCCCAAACUGCUGUCCAAAAAGAUUUCCACUGAAAAACUGAGGGUUUUUUUUUUAAAUCCAAAAUGGGGACCAAUUUAGCUCCAUCUAUGUUGGGCCCCUCAAAGCAAUCUGAGGGCCCUUCCAGACAGGCCCUAUAUCCCAGGAUCUGAUCCCAGGUGUUCUGCUUUAAACUGGAUUAUAUGAGUCUGUACUGCCAGAUAAUCUGGGAUAAACAGAAAAUCUGGGAUCAGAUCCUGGAAUGUAAGAUAUGUCUGGAAGGACCCUUGGUUUUACUUUAAGAAGUAGCCAAAAAGCACAAAACAUCCUUUGAGUUUGCUAAAAUGGCACCCUCAAUGUGACACUUCAUUUCUAUAGAGUUCAAGGGAUGUCAAAAAUGGCAGCAUGUGGGUCUUUGAGCUCUAUCACAAGAUAUAGAUAACGUGACCUAGAUGGUCCAAUCAACAAAAGGCAGGUUCCUAUACUAAUAUAUUGGAAAGUUUGUUUUGUUUAUUUGUUUGUUCAAAGCAGAGAUCUUCUACCUUCACAAUGUGUUACUAACAAAUAGUAAUACAAUACAUAGUUCUUUUAUUUUAAUUUUUAAAUUAAAAAUAUGGAAAUGUGUCUAAAUUUUCAUCCCAUCUACAUUUUGAAAAAAUGAGUAAAUUAGUACUACCAAAAAACCAAGGGUUUUUCAAAUCAUUGUGUCAUUUCAUAACAGACACCGGUUUAUGCACUAAUUUUCUCAAAAAGGCAACACAUUGUGAAUAAUAUUAUUUUUGUGGUGUUACUUUCAAGCUCUGCUUCAUUGUAUCUGUUCCAGGGUGAGUUUUUAAAAGAUUACUGUCACAUUGCUGAUUAAGAUGUAUCUCCCUUAUAUGAAUCAAAAAGCAAAACCCCAGCUGAUAAGUAGACUGAAUUAUUUGGAAAUUUACUUUGAUAAAUUAAGGCCAAUUUGUAACCACAGGGGAACUGACAGAACAGUGGGUUGCUGGCUGCUAGCCUGACAACCGUAUCAGUGAAGUUUUGCUUUAACGAUAACAACAAUAAGACAUAAGAAAGUAGAGAGAUCCCAAAGGUAGGAUUUAAACAUUUUUCUUUAUUUGCUAAAGAAGAGUCCUAAAACUGCUUAAGCCAAUGAAGCUGCACAUAUGUUAAUGCAGCUCCACUGAUGCAAGCAGUCUCAGAACCACUAUCUAAACUGUGGUAUUUAGAAGAUAAUUCAGUUGAAACAUUAGCUCUUGCCUGAAUAGAUUUUACUCUUAGUUUUCCUUUCAGCACGUUCUGUUUGAGCUCUUUGCCUCUUUUUAUAGCUUAACUACAAUACAGUGAUUUACCAAAAGAAAUGUUCUUCUUUCAGAAAUUACCCCCUUCUAAUUUAAAGAUUUUUUAGAGGAGCUAUAAACAACACUUCCCAGCACUUUCCAUCAUUCAUUAAUUCAUACCUCAAUUUCACAACCAAAAAAUAUGUUCAAACCAGAUUACAUUGAUAAGAUGCCUAUCAAAAAUCUAAAUCUAAAUUAAAUAGAAAGCAGACAUUCAUAAAUGCAAUUUAAAACGCAACAGUGAAAGGAAUAGGCCUAGACCCAAUUAAAAUUCAAUCCAAAACCAGCCUCUAAGAGUUUGCCAGCCCCAGAGUGUUUAAUAGGUAUUUCAGCUGUGUGAAGAAGGUCACAAUAUGAAAGGAUAUUAUAUCUCCAGGUUGUGCUAGUGGAAGUAUUUCAUUACUGGAUGGCCCUGAUAGAUUUGGAUCCUAAUCAGAACUCAGUCAGUCUUAUUUUAGCCCCAGAACAAUGUACCAGACAAAGAUAUGGUUAAAUAUCUGCUGGUGGAAGAACAAAGGUUUCCCUCACUUCCCAAUUGAUUCAGUGAUAGAUAGAUAGCUAGAUAGAUAGAUAAACAAAUUUCAAACAUACUUUUUGUAACAUGCUUUCAUCCAAUCAAGGAUUUCUCUGCCAGUGUGUUGAUAUCCUCAUGCCCUGACAUCUAACAGAGGGCUUCUCCAGACAGGGUAAAUGUAUCUGGAGUUUGUUGGGUUUGUAGCUGCAGUUAGGAGAGGGGAGUUGACUGUCCAAAUGACAUUUUUGUUGGACCUAACCAUUUUCCAGCAAUUCCAGAGAUCUUUAACGUUUUGUUCCUGUAUAAAAGCAUAUGCAUAUACACAAUUACAUUUCCAUUGUCCCAGAUAUUUCAGGGCCAUUUCCAAGCACUGGGUGCAACAUUUUAUUUCUGCACAGAAUAUAUGUGUUUUUUUUUAAAAAAAGAUAAAUAUUUUAACAGUAAAGUUCUACAAUAAGAAAGCAUUUCCCUCCCAGAAAUAUGAAUAUAUCUCUCUGUAGUUCAUUAUCACAAGAGCCAAGGUGGUGCAGUGGGUUAAACCCUUGUGAACUGCUGACCUGAAGGUUGCUGGUUCGAAUCAGCAGGAUGGGCUGAGCUUCCAUCUGUCAUUUCUAACUUUCGGGGACAUGAGAGAAGCCUCCCAGUAGCACACCCUGGGUAACAUCUCUGUAGACUGCUAAUUCUCUCACACCAGAAAUGACUUUCAGUAUGUUCUCAAGUCGCUUCUAACAUGAUAAAAAUGUAUCACAGAAAGAACAAUUGAAAUAUGCAGAUCCUUUUUUUUCAAAUGUGCUAUCAUUUUAAUGUGUAAAUUUGAAAGUUGUGUUUUAAUUAAAAAUAUUUUUUAAUCCAAACACAUUGGCUUUGGAACUGUAUUUCACAUAAAUUGCACGGGAUUCCUUCAGGCUUUCAAACCAGACUUUACAUCCUGUUUCUUCAGUGCUGGCUUAUCAUAAGAGUGUAAUUGUUUUUGUGUGACUUAAAACAGCUUUUAAAUGCUUGUGGUUGCAAAUGUGGCUUGACUAAUGGGUCUGUACUCAACAUUCAUUCUUAUGUAUGUCACUUGAUGAGUUUAUGGUCCUGAAAGUAUAGUUUAAUUAAUUAUGCAUAUUAAUUAAAGAGUAAAUUGCAUUUGUGUACCAAAGGAAUAUAUGAUGGGUUGCUGUGAGUUUUCUGGGCUGUAUGGCCGUGUUCCAGAAGCAUUCUGUCCUAACAUUUCACCCACAUCUAUGACAGCCAUCCUCAGAGGUUGUGAGGUCUGUUGGAAACUAUGCAAAUAGAGUUUACAUAUCAGUGGGAUUUUCAGGGUGGGAGAAAGAACUCUUGUCUGCUUGAGACAAGUAUGAAAGUUGCAAUUGACCACCUUGAUUAGCAUUGAAUGGCCUUGCAGUUUCAUAGCCUGGCUUCUUCCUAUCUGGGGGAAUCCUUUUAUUUAUUUAUUUAUUUCCAGUAUUUAUAUUUUGCCCUUCUCACCCUGAAGGGCACUCAGGGCAGAUCACAUUAUACACACAUAGGGCAAACAUUCAAUGCCCAUAAACACAUCAAACAGAGGCCGAAACAGACAGACGCAGAGGCAAUUUAACCUUCUCCUGAGGGGAUGUUCGAUUCUGGCCACAGGGGGGAACAGCUGCUUCAUCAUCCACUCUGACGGCACUUCCUCAUUCCAGGUCGUAAAUUACUUGCCUCCCCACUUUUUUUAUAAGGGGUACCUUAUUUCCUACUUAAUAGAUGCAACUAUCUUUUGGGUUGCCAGGUCAGCAAUGAGCAGGGGAUAUUUUUUAUUUUUAAUUGACGGGUGCUCACCCCGCCACGGGCUGACCUCGAACUCAUGACCUCAUGGUCAGAGUGAUUUAUUGCAGCUGCUCAACAGCCUGUACCACAGCCCGACCCCGACUCCGAUCCUUUGUUUGAAUUCCCCUGUUUUCAGGGUGUUGUUCUUUAUUUACUGUCCUGAUUUUAGACUUUUUUAAUACCGGUAGCCAGAUUGUGUUCAUUUUCAUGGUUUCCUCCUUUCUGUUUAAAUGUCCACAUGCUUGUGGGUUUCAAUGGCUUCUCUUUAUAGUCUGACAUGGUGGUUGUUAGAGUGGAAUAUUUAGAGUGGAAUAGUAUUUUCACCAUACAUCAUCACAAAAAAUAGCUACGUAAAUCAUUAGACAGUAUUACUUUAUGCUAAGAUAAAUCUUUCAAACACCUUUGGAUGGAACACAAUAGUUCCAUCCAAACAAAUAACUCAUACUUUUUUUUAAAAAAAAAGAGUGUCAAAAAAGCCACCUCACUGGUGCCUGAAGCCAUCACUUUGGAAACCAGAUGUGCAAAAUACAAACCAGUCUAAAAGAAAAGAUUGUGAACCUAAUGCAAACUGACAUCUAAGGUGGAACAGGGAAAAGAGAACAAGUGCAGAACAGGCUGUUUGCAGUUUGGAAGUCUACAUUAUGGUGAAAAAUCAUUUAUUUGGGUACUUAUUCAGUCAUUGUACAUAAUCCUGUGAGAAGCAGGAUGCUCAUCCUCCAACUUUGCCUGAAGCAGGGCAAAGUCUGAUAUGCACUGGAAGUGCAGGAAUGUCAUGAAGACAACUGGGAGACAACUCAGGGUGAAUUUGGGUUUUCAUGCCCAUGUAGACAAGCCCAUGAAGUCUGGAAAUUUGGAUUUCAGAUCCCCACUUGCCCAUGGAAACCUAGUAGAUAACUUUGGGCAAGUAAAACUCUUGUAGCUUCUGAGGAAGGAAAUGGCAGACUUCCUCACAGAAAACCCUGAAAUAGAUUAACCUUAGGGUUGUCACAAGUUGUAAACAAUUUGGCAGUGGACAACAGCAAAUAUAAUUCUGUAUGACUAUAUACUAUGAAUCAAAAAGGCUAGGUAGGAUAUAGCUAAAAAAAAAAAAAGAAAAGAAAGAAAACAAUUCCACUCAGCUCCUUGAGUUCAUUUAUCAUAUUUAGAAAGCUACAAUAAACGUACAAGUCAAAUCACAUAAUACUCAAGAAGUAAUCUUUUGUAUUUUCACAUUUCAUCUAUUGAACAUCUACUGUUGAAUAAAAUCAUAUUUAUCUUGCACUUUGAACUAUAUAUUUCUGUGCUAUGUAAAGCUGCCCCAAACUUCUGCUAAUUGCUCCUUUUGGGGAAGAAAAAUAUGAAUGUUUGAAAAAGAAUUCCUGCAAAGUUACUGAUUUUAAUGGCUUGAUAACCUUCAGAGUAAUCCACUAAAAGUAAUAAAAUUGUAAGACAGAAAUAAAGUGUUUUCAAUGUGUUACAAAAGCGUGUGACUUGCAUAGGAAUUAUUGGGAUAUAAAAAUAUUGAAUUUUGGUUCCAGUAGGUAAACAUGGCAAGACAAAUUAUAGAGAAACUUGGACAAUUUUUCAGAAAAGAGUGAUUUUGAAAUAAAUGUAUUUGAGAUGCAAGUAAACAGCUGCUCACUGUGUAUUAGUCCAGCAUUAUAAUUAUCUUGGCACUCCUGAAUCGAUGGAAUCAAAAUCUCUCUCAUGAAAAGUGAUGACUACAGAACCAUUCUCCCACAAGGAAAGGGGAGAAUGAUUUUGGCAAGGCAAAAUGGACAUCGCUAUAGGGCAGCAUCAGUAUAAUACAUUACAAACUGUGUAAAAACAAUAAACUAGGUCCACUUCAAUAAUAUGAGCCAAACCUAUACACUCUCCCAUUGCCUGCAUCUGCCUGGCAAUGUUGCUUUUCUUGUGUCACUUCAAAAGGGCAAAUCUGUGUGAAAUGUUAUUUGAGUAGGGGGUUUUUUAUUCCACAAUUUUGAAAAAAUACUUUUGGGAUGAUUCUUCAAAUCCAGCAGUCAUUGUACCCUGAGGAUUUUCAAAGGUAAUAAUAAGAAUAACAAGCUUUCCAAGUUCUGUUAUUAUUUUCUAACUAUAAGAGUUGUGCUGAAAACCUGUUAAGAACAUGAAGACAGCAACUAAUACAAGUUUUUAUUUUUUAUUUAUUAUAAAUUGCAUGACAUUGUAAUGAUGAAGAGGAAACACCAGCAGUAUAUCGAACAGUGACUGGGAGCAAAAAUAGAGGGAAGGAGGAGCCUUGAAUAUUCAGACUAUCAUGUUCUUUGGUGGCCCAUUUCAUGUUCUUCCCUCUGACUUCUCUUUUUCGUUUCUGUUGAUGAAUUUGACCUCCAUCUUCCCUCCACAGCUAGAGGCACUCCAGGGCAUAGCUUACUUAGGAGCCCCUCUAGUGGCAUCCCAAAAAUUGUCUGUGUUUUCCUCUUCCAGCUGACCUCAAAGCAAGGUAGUGAUUCAGAAAAGUUCAAAUAUAAAUGGAAUGAAUCCAUUUUAAAAAAAUAGUUUUAUAAAUUCAUUCUGGUUCACACACACUUGACAUCCUUACAGACUGCAGGUUACUAAUUAUUUAGGUAUCACUUGAAGUCUGAUAUGUCUGCAGCUCUGAACAUUUUUUCCUUCCAGCUUUGCAUGAGCAAAAAUACCAGGUUUGAAUAUCAUCAAAUGUACGCUGAAAAUCAGCUUCAAAAUUCAUGUGACUUUUAACAAAUCACACUUUGUCAUGGACUCUGGGGCUCUCUUUUCUAAACACACUUUGUGAGAUCCUUCAUUCUUUUGACAAAAAACCCAAAGAAACCUUUCCUUUGCUUGUUAAUGGAAUUUCACCUACACUGUCUUCUAUAGAUAAGAUAGGAAGGGCGUCCUUGAAAAAUCACUUCUUUGUCUCUCUCCCAUUCUUCGUCUCCCUCCCUCAUGCACACACAAUAAUUCCUGCAUGUAAACUUCCCCCAUAACUGCUUUUCUUCUUAUCAUGAUGUUACAGAGAGUUUUACCUCAUCCAGGCCAUAGCAUAGUGACAUCUGUGUUUUAUAACAUCUCAAGAGCUCAUGUAGCUUGGACUAAAGCUCAUAUUUUUAAGAAUCAUUUUUACAAGGUAGACAAAGAUGGUGGUAGCAGCAAAUACAUUCUUCAAAAAUCUUUACACUGCGUAAACGUAUUAUUUUGACAUGGUUUCCGUCAACUGCUACUACUCAUCAAUGGAAGUAGCAUAUUAUUUUCAGUCUGAAACUUCCAAGUUGUGAGCAACCAGAAGGCUUCCCAUUCCACCCACCUCCAAAAUUAACUAUACAAUGCAACAAUAACACUGAAAGCAAAGCAAUGAAAUUAGACUUUGGGACUACUGGCUUUUGAGAGUAAAAGGGGUUUUUUUCCUGUAUCAGGAGCAACUUGAGAAAAGUUUAUUGGUGGGGAGUGAGCUUCUCUUCUCUUUUCUACCUGAUAGUUAUUUCCAUGCAUGGUUCCCUGCCUCCAAGAGAUUUUCUUCUUGUCAGACUCACUUCCUAUUUCACAAGAAUGUUGAUUAUGCAGCCUCCAAGUGUUGUUGACCUCCAAAUCCCAGGGCCUUAGUCAAGUGUACUAAUGGUGAGAAACAUUAGGAGUGGCAGUCUAACAAAACCUAGAGAGCUGCAUGAUUAACAUCACUGUAUUAUAAUAUUGUUAGGAGAAAAAUCAGAUUUGAUGGUGUGAAGCAGUGAACAGAAACUAGCAGGAGGGUUUAGGACUCCUCACCCCCAGUAUGAGAAUCAAAUAAUACUUUAAAGAGUAACCAUUUGGUUGUGAAAUAUCAGAAAUCCCAUAAUAAUGGAUCUCUCAAUAGGGACCUAAUCACAUUGAGGUCCUUAAGCUGGAGGACAACAGGAACAUCCGUUUGGCAAUGUUGGGCAGAGACGAAAAUGGUGUUAAGUACUCCACAUCACCCCCUUACCCAUCAUAUAGGAGAAACAGUCACUGCCCGGCUUCCCUCCAUGCUGUACCCACCCGUGUUCUCAGAGCUCUGUCCUAGGAUGGAGCCAGGAUGGAGGGAUGUAGCUCUGCAUCAUGUGAUAGGCUCUGGUGGGCUCCAUCCUGGAAACGUCAUAGGGUAGAGCCUAAGUCCCGUGUGAUAAAGUGGUAAGAGUAAUCAAAUGUUCAAGACAGAAGCAGUCAAUCCCAUAGGCACCCACUUAUGUCCAGACCCAUAAAGAAACAAACCCAGUCGUCUUUGUAAAAAUAAAGAGAAGUAGCUUUGCAUGCAAAUUACUCAUGUAUGAUCAAAUUCAUAGUCGAAGGUGGGGAAAAGAACAGAAGGGAUGCAGGUUGAAGUUAUACAGGUGAGGAGGUGCAGUUAAGCAAACAAACAGGAUGCUACCAAACAUGCAAAUUAACUAUAGUGAGUCUUGGGAUGCAAAGAUUGCUCUCGCUAACAGAUUUAACAACUUGCGCUCAAAACUAGAUGCCUGGAAAAUCUAUGAAAAUCUAUAGACAAAUUCAUAAAAUGAUGAAUACAUUCUAAGAAAAAGUGCAGUACAACUCACCAUGGUGGGAAGAACAUUGACUUGGUGAUGCAUUUGCCCCUUUAGUAGACUAUCCAAGGGCUUAUAUAUCUGUAAUAUCAAGGUAUCUGCUGUUGCCUUUACACCAAGCUUGGACUAAAAAAAUACGACAUAUUCAAAUAGUGCACCUUUCUCCAACAGUUCUUUAAAUAAAAGUGUCCUAAAUAAAGUAUGACAUCUUGAUGGUCACAUAAGUUUUUCUCUCAAUGAAAUGGACCAAGCAUGAUAAUAAUGUACAUGUUCCUGCUAGUGAAGUAAGUGGAAGAAGUAACCUAUAGUUAGUUAUCAUCUAAUGGAGAAAAAUGAAAUUGGUAAGGAUGGGAAUCGUGACCCACCAGAUGUUGUUGGGCUGCAUCUCUUAGCAUUUCUCAGCAUUAGUUAUAUAGGACUUGCAGUCCAACACCAUUUAGAAAAGCAUAUGAUUGCCAUUCUGAUAUAUACAAAAACAAAGAUAAUAGCUGCUAGAAUAAAAAGCAAUGCUCACUGGUGUCCUAGAUUAGCUACUUAGUUACAUUUGCUUAUCUAAGUAAUGUCUCCUGGCCCACCUUCCCUCAACUCACCUCAAAUGACAGCUACUGGAUUAGGUGAAAUAGGCCCAUUCUGCUGCUGAUCAGGAUGCAAGAAGAAUGGCUUUUCUACAUCUUUCUUGCCAUGUUGCAGCAACUUGUCAGAGGUCCUGUUUUUGGUUGUUUCAGCCUUGUUCACUGUUCCAAGGAGCACAGAAACAUCUUCCACUGUCCUAAUCAGAGGCUGAAAGGAUCUCCCUAUCCAAUCCAGUGGAGCCCUUAGUAGCGCAAUGGGUUAAACCCUUGUGCCAGGGAGAGCGGGUGAGCUUCCUCUGUCAGCUCCAGCUCCCCAUGCGGGGACAUGAGAGAAGCCUCCCACAAGGAUAGUAAAACAUCAAAUAUCCAGGUAUCCCCUGGCCAACACCGUUACAGAUGGCCAAUUCUCUCAUAUCAGAAGCGACUUGCAGUUUCUCAAGUCAUUCCUGACACAGAAAAAAAAUCCAAUCCAGCAGCUGGCCCUUAAGCUGAGUUAGGGAGGCUUUAUCAUAGGUAAACAGCAAGACUACAGGUCUUGCAGAGUACAGAUCAGUUAUAAGUCCAUACCUUUAGGGUAUGAAUAUGUAACUGCAAUAUAUCGGCCUACAUUUUAAUGACUUUUAUCAUGAAUAUAUCUUAAGCAUGCCCACACAUACCACAAAACUAGUUUUAAUAUACUUAAUUAUCUGUGUAACCUUCGGUAAUAUUGCUUUAUUACAUACCACUUUUUAGAAUCAAACUUACUUGCAGAACAUUUUAAAACAAUCACAGUUUCAAUUUUCUAUAGCCAUCAGAUUAUGACAUGCAAGUGCAAUGCUUUGUUAAUUAAAAUGGUAUCAUAUCUAUUCCAGCAGGUGAUAUAUGUAGAAUCUAUGCAAUUCAAAUAUAAUCACUGAUGUGAUGAAAACACAGGUUUUAAACUGCUUAACUCUGUUCUUUAAAAAAAAUGAACUUCAUUUGAAUUACAGUAUCAUUUAGUACAGUUUUAAAAGGUCAGCAUGUCACUACAACAGGGCAAAGUUUAACAGCAUGGUCAAAAUAUUCUCUUUUUUCUUUCUAAAAAGAAGUCAUUUUUAAUAGAUAAAAAUCUUCAUUUGUGUGUAAAGAUUACAAUUUCAAAUUAAGCCACUAUCCUGUGUUACUAUAGAAACCCCCAUUUGUGACAUGUUUGCAGGCAAAAAGUCAAAUGAUGCAUUUUAAUGAGGGAUAGAAAGAAUAUUAGCUUCUCUGGAGUUUUUUUAAAAUAAGCAUUUCUUAAUGAUCUGGGAACAGCAAGCUAAUUAAAAAUUCUGGAAAAUGGACAUUAAAUCCUGAAAUGACACACGUCAUGUUAAUUUUAAACAGUAGUCUCCACAUUACAGAUUAUGCAUUAGGUACUGCGGGAGGUUGACAGAUUGAGAAACAUGUUUCCAUGGAGAUAUAUGCUGCUUUGCUGGUAUUCCCUACAGAAAGUAAAGGGUUCCUUUGCCCUCUUCUCAGUUAGACAAAUUAGCUAUAUAUAGCAAAAGAUAUUAGAAAGCCGAAAACAGCAGUCUGGUUGGGGGGGUGGGGGAGGCAGAGCAAAAGACAUUUAUGAGUUGAAAGCAGCUCUGCAUAACAGAGCUGCUUGCAGUGAUGAAGAAGGGAAAAACGCGUAUAUCAUUUAUUUAUAAGCAUUUCUUCCUUCUUGAAUGAAAGGCAGUGCUGGAAAAAGGCCGUGUUUUCUGAAAGGGUGCUGCAGCUGACAUGAGUUUAUUCUGCAUGAACUGGUUUAUAGCUGGAAGGGAAGCUGAGAGCUAAGAACCUCUCAGACGGCAAAAGAAACAAUAGAAUUGCCUGUGACCAAAAUUGUCUGUGGCAACCACCCAUUGAGCUCCCCAUGCAAUUUAUCCCCAACCUUGAAUUCCCUCAUUUAGUAGCAUUCUGAAUCAAAGGACUCCAGUAAGCUCAGGUUGCAGUUAUUCUUAUGAAGGACUAAUGCUGUUUCCUCCCAACUUUGUUAUACGCCUGUGAGAUAUGGACCAUCUACAGAUGUCACACUCAACUCCUGGAACAAUUCCAUCAGUGUUGCCUCCAAAAAAUCCUGCAAAUCUCUUGGGAAGACAGGUGGACAAAUGUCAGCAUGCUGGAAGAAACAAAGACCACCAGCAUUGAAGACCACCAGCAUCCUAUGCCAUCAACUCCGCUGAACUAGCCACGUUGUCCAAAUGCCUGAUCACCAUCCCCCAAAGCAGUUAAUAUACUUCCAACUCAAGAGUGGAAAACGGAAUGCUAGUGGACAGGAAAAGAGAUUUAAACAUGGGCUUAAAGCUAGCCUUAAAAACUGUGGCAUAGACACCAAGAACAGGAAAAGUCUUGCCCUUGAGUGCUCUGACUGGAAGUCAAUUGUAACCAGUAGUGCUGUGGAAUUUGAAGAGGUAUGAAUGGAGAGUGAAAGGGAAAAUGUGCCAAGAGGAAGGGGCCUCAGGCCAACCCUGACCAGGAUCACCUUCCACCUGGAAACCUAUGCCCUCACUGUAGAAGAACAUGUGGGUCAAGAAUAGGGCUCCACAUUCACCUACGUAUCCACCACCAAGACACUACACUUGGAAAGCCAUCAUACGGGGACAACUAGGGGUCGCCCAACUAAUGUGCUGGAAGGAGACUCAAUGGAGCAGGACGUGGAGAGCCCUGUUACAAUUCAUCCACCAAAGUUGCCAAAACAAGCCAGAGAAGAUCUGCCAAAGCAUUUAAACAAAGAAUGUACCAAGAGAAGAAUCCAGAGGUACGUUAGGAAGGAUGGAAAGUGCAACGUUCACCAUGGAAAUGUAAGAGAGACUUAUCGUUACCUGACUGAUAUCUUCACUACCUUGGUUGACCUCAAGUGGAGAUUCAACCUUUUUAUAUUUGUCAUGGUUUACACUGUGACUUGGCUGUUCUUUGGAUUCAUCUGGUGGUUAAUUGCAUACAUCCGAGGAGAUAUGGAGCACAUAGGAGAUAAGAAAUGGACCCCUUGUGUCAGUAACCUCAAUGGGUUUGUCUCAGCCUUUUUAUUCUCCAUAGAGACAGAAACUACAAUUGGAUAUGGCUAUCGGGUCAUCACAGACAAAUGUCCUGAAGGGAUUAUCCUGCUUUUAGUUCAGUCUGUUCUAGGAUCUAUAGUUAAUGCCUUCAUGGUUGGCUGUAUGUUUGUAAAAAUUUCUCAACCCAAGAAGAGGGCAGAAACUUUGGUGUUUUCUACCAAUGCUGUCAUUUCCAUGCGAGAUGGAAAGCUAUGCCUGAUGUUCCGCGUUGGGGAUCUUAGGAAUUCACACAUUGUGGAAGCAUCAAUACGAGCCAAGUUGAUCAAGUCUAAACAGACAAAGGAGGGAGAAUUUAUACCACUUAAUCAGACAGAUAUCAAUGUGGGUUAUUAUACAGGGGACGAUCGCCUGUUUUUGGUUUCACCACUGAUCAUCAGCCAUGAAAUAAACCAACAGAGUCCUUUCUGGGAGAUUUCCAAAGCCCAAUUGCCCAAAGAAGAAUUAGAAAUAGUUGUAAUCCUAGAAGGAAUGGUGGAAGCAACAGGAAUGACAUGCCAAGCCCGAAGUUCUUAUGUUACCAGUGAGAUCUUGUGGGGUUAUCGGUUCACACCUGUCCUCACCUUAGAGGAUGGAUUUUAUGAAGUUGACUACAACAAUUUUCAUGAAACCUAUGAGACCAACACACCACCUUAUAGUGCCAAAGAACUGGCAGAGAAGGCCAGUAAAGCAGAGUUGCCCCUCACGUGGUCUGUGUCCAGUCAAUUAGACCAGCAUGCCGAAGUGGAUCCUGAGGAGGAGCCCAAAAGCCAAGAAGAGCAAACAGAAAGAAAUGGUGAUGUGGCCAAUUUAGAGAAUGAGUCCAAAGUUUAAAACUUACGAGGGGACAGAAAACAGCAAAUCUUUCUUUAAAAGGAGAAAAAAGGACUAAAGGUCUGCCUGCCCAAAAGAUAAGCAAACGUUUUGGCUAAAGCUGCAAUAUCCUUUAUUUUACCAUAUAUACUCUUAUUAUUAUUCUCUCUUUCACCUGGAAAAAAACUCAAGUGUUCUUGUAUGCAGGCAUAUGGUUUAGAGUUUGUUUUUAAGACUAAGAGCAGAAGUUUAUUAUUCUGGGCCAAAAACAAAUGGAGUGACUGUAAUUAAUGUCCAUUUCCCAAGCUUUAACUUCAGCUUUUUAUAUAUUCCUCCAAGACAGUUUUGAAUGAGAUGCCUGCAUUGCAGCUUUAAAACCCAAGAUGAAGAGAAAUCUUUGCAGUUCAAUGCGAUACUGUACAUAUAUAUGCCUUAUGUAAUUUCUUUUUUCUUUAAGUUUAGUAAUAAACCCAGCAUGUACAAAAGUACUGUAGUAAAGGACCUCUAAAUAAUGUAUAUAUCUCUUUAAUUAAUGUAAGUUUAGACCUAUAAUUAGAAAAUAAUAGGAUGCAAAAAAAUGAAACACACCAUGAAGGUAUUUCUGUUCUAAUACCAGUUUAUAAGAGUUUGUUUUGCACCCUGCUAUAACUGCCCUGUUUAAUGCAUGUCAACUUCCUCAUUGUACCAGACUGGCAGCUGUUUAGAGUACCUCAAUGUUUUCUUAAGCGAUGAUUUAGCUAACUCUAAAAGCCAUAGGUCUGGGGGCUGAGGGCAACGAAAUUACAACGCGAUUCCUGAUAUACUGUGAUACUGUUUACAAAAUGAUCCUGUUCUUCGUCAUGUUACAUGGUGAAACCAUUUAUGGUUAUUUGGGCUGUACAGUUAGAAUGUUAACUGUGGCUGAUUCUUGUCAAAUGCAAGGAUUUAUUUGUAUGGCAUUUGUCUGUAAGAGGUGUGUGAGUGUGUAUGUUGAGCUAUUACCCUCUAAGUGCAAUACCUUGGGAAACUCUUUGGUUUUCAAAACCAUUGGGUAAAAAAACCCUGUGUAGAUAGAUAGAUAGGUAGGUAGGUAGGUAGAUAUGAAGAUAGAUAACCUAUAUAAGCCAUGGAAAUUUUUGAAUGUUAAACAUCAUUCAGAAGAGAACAUAACCAGCUGAUGUUCUAACUGAAAGAAAACCAUUGAAUUUCAGCUGAACUACAUUAUCAUAAUAGUUGCUUCAUAUGGCUUGAAGACUCUCCCAAAGAGCUGCACCCUUGGGCAAGCCUUAGAAAGAGCAAUCCUUAGACAGAAAUCUCUCAUGAGAUAUCAGCAUGUCAGCCUCUUACACAUGUAGUUUCUGUGAUGUCAGUGAGCACAAUUUGUAGUCCUCAUUCUGCCAUCUUUACUUAUAAUGAGUAGUGCCUUAAGUGCUUUCCAAUGUCACAUUCUCCCAGCAGUUGGCAGCUGCCAAUGGGUAGACACUACAUCUAGACUCUAUGCCACAUCUGUAUCCAUAUUGGCACCAUGUUCAGCAUGUACAAUCUAAACCUUCCAUUGGAUCAAACUGACUAAUUAAUCCCGGCCACUGAACCUAUAAAUCAGGGAGGGAGAACUGAUGACCCUCCAAAUAUUCCAAAUAUUGCUGGCCUGUAACCAUUGGUUAUACCAACAAAUGUUGAUGGGAGUUGCAGUCCAAGAACAUCUGGAGGACCAUAUAUUCCCCACUCCUGCUGUAAGGAAUGAUAACCAACAUUAAAUAGUCAUCCUAAUAAUUAUUAGAUUUUAGUCACCACAGACAAAAAAUCCAUUGCUCUUAAACUUCUUUCCAUUCAUCACUUGAUAUUCUUUCAGGAUAAUGUAUGUUUGAGUCAGGAUAGUUUAUUAGUUUUAUCACCAUACUAGAGCUCUGGAGAACAAGGUUCAAACUUUUGCUCAACCAUGGGAACCCAUUAGGUGAUCUUGGCCAAGUCAAACUCUCUCAGCCCCAGAGGAAAUUAAAGGCAAACCCGCUCCAAAAAAAAUCUUGCCAAGCAAACUCUAAGGAUCACCAUAGGGUUGACCUGAAGGUACCCAACAGUAACUUUGUAUGUUUGCAAAGAUUUUACUCCUACACAUUUUCAAUGCAAUUUGGCAAGGAGAUGUACUCACUCAGUUAGCCUCUCUCACCAAUGGAAUGGGAUCUAUCAGCAAAACAAAGAGGGGCUGGUCCUAUUUCCUCUCUAGUAUUUCAGUCUUAAAAUCUGCUCUGGAAAUUUCCCCAGCCUCCAGAGUAGAAUUGAGGAGCAUGUAGAACUGCAGCAGGAAGGACUAAAGAUGAAAAGUACUCUUUCAUGAUGCUGAAUCUCUCCCAAAAGACUUAAACAAAUGCAUAGCAGCUUAUCCAUAUAUUCAUGGAUAUAACAACCUACAAACAUAUUACCAGAUUAAAAGACCUCUCAACAUAUCUGCAUGUGUUAAUUAAAUAACGUCACAUCCCUUCUUUUCAAGUUCAUUAUUACUGUGCUACUGUAGCCCUCACCAUCCUAAAUAAAUAUGCAGUACCAGUAAUAUCAUGUACCAACAUCAACUGCCUGGUUUCCAACAGGUUUGUUUUCAAUGUAAUAUUUAUAGCUUCCUUUUCAAUCUUAACCCACAUGGGCAAAUACAUUAUGGCAGGAGAUAAUCUGGAUGAACAAGAGCAUUUGAAUGAUAUUAGAUAAGUGUGUUACAUCAAUAUAUAUUCACAGGCAUGUCAGGUUGGAUUGAUAUUUUCCAUUAUGUCAGGGAUGUUGUUUAACUAUAGCUUCCAUGCGGGAAGGCUGAUGGGAGUUGCAUUGUAACAAUAUCACAGAGUACAUAAAAUCUCCCAUGUGCAUUAUGUGCAUUAUGCCACACAUUGAUGUUAAUCUAAUUUACGCCAUUGAUAUCUUGCUUUCACUACCAGCAGUCAUUGAUCUAUCUACUUGUCUAUCUGUAUUGCCAAAUAUCUUUUCACAGUAAUGUAAUGAUGCAUCUGCUGAUGACUAUGUCAGUUGAUGGUAUAAAGACACAUGAGCCCGACUUGGUGCAUUAUCACAAAAUGUUUAUAUCUGUGCAGUGCAACAUAACACAACGUUACCCUGGCUGGUUUAGGAAGUCUAUGAUUUGAAAUGUGCUAGCCUUUUGUAAGGUUCUCUUCUCCCAGAUGUGCUGUGGUCCGUCUUCCAAAGAAAAGCACCAAGACACACGCGGGUAGAUUCCAACAAGUUUUUAUUGUACCGAAUGCCAGAACCUUCUUUUGGCCCACAUAUAUAGGGGCUCCCACAUACCAGAGGGUAAUUGAUGUUUUAUGGCCGGCCUGCUUUAUGGCUGGCAUCUGUUCCUGAGAAACAAAACAAAAAAAACUAGAAGAGUUUAUUUUGUUGUUGUUAAAAAUAGGAAAUGACUCCCAAGGGACCCACAUUAUAUUAUUUCUGGAAAUCUCUCUCAAUAGAAGUAAAGUAGACCAAGUGAACUUGAAAGCAUUUAUCCUAAAGUAGAUGCACUGAAUUUGGUAGUAAUCAGAGUAAAUUACUGCUCAGUCAGAGUAAUGGUGGCAGAAAAAGGACUACUGUGUAAGCAAAAGACAAUUAUAACUCCAUGUAGUGCAAAUGCCCAUUCACACCAAGUGUUUUCCUUACAAGAGGAAAACAAACUAGUACAGCCUUAAUUUCGUGUUUAUGCCUGCCUAAUCUGGAAAUAAAAAAGUAGAUUGAGAAGAAUUUAAAGUAUUUUUUGUAUAAAAGCAUAUAAAAUCAUAUUUUAAAAGAUAUAACUCAGGAGAAACCUAGUAGGCAGGUAGAAAUUUUGCACUGUGAUAGAUCCUUCACAUUAAUUUCAUCUGUAUGCUGAUUUUUGCUGAGUAGAAUUCCAGUUAUUUCAUGGAAUGAUGAUUAAUCUAUGAUUUACAAUCCUUAGAAGUGCUCACGUCUAGGCUACAUUGUUUUACCACUGAGCUGGAUUUAAAAACCAGCUACACUCAUCCUUACUGGAAAUGGGGAAACGAAUUUCCUUUCUCAGUCGUUUUCACAAAGAAAAUAUGGCUUUAACUACCAUGGCAGUUCCCCAAGGGGUGUUUUGGCAUCUUUAUAUACCGCAUUGGCACACUUCACCAUAACAGUAUAGAAAUUGCUACUUCCUUUCAUUCUUCACUUUUGAAAUAAAACUGUUUUUCGUUGUAUAUAUUGUUAAUAUGUAACUGGAUGCCCUUUGUAUGCUGUCAUGGUGUCUGGUAAUGCUGACUAAUUACUUAUGUCCAUGUAGCUCACCCUGACCUCAGUACAAUUCUAGUAGCACUUGGUCAUGUACAACUUGUAGCCCUCAAUGAGGAUGUAUACAGGUUGAGCAUCUCUUACCUGGAAUUCCAAAAUACUCCAAAAUCCAAAACUGUCCACAUGAGUGUCUGAGAUAGUGACACCUGUACUUUCUGAUGGUUACUUUGUUUCAUGAACAAUAUUAUUAGAAAUAUUGUGUAUAAAUUUACUUUCUGGCUGUGCGUAUAAGGUGUAUAUGAAACAAAAAUGAAUUUCAUGUUUUGAUUUGGAUACCAUAUCAAAGGUAUUUCACUAUGUACCUACCCUGUUUCUCCCAAAACAAGACAGGGUCUUAUAUUAAGUUUUGCUCCAAAAGAUGCAUUAGGGCUUGUUUUCAGGGGCUGUCUUAUUUUACCAAAUUGACUUUUUAAAUACGUAAACUAUAUCUAGGGCCUAUUUUUAAAAUAGGGCUUAUAUUUCGAGCAUCCUCAGAAACGCUGAAAAAUCACGAUAGGUCUUAUUUUCGGAGUAGGUCUUAUUUUGGGGAAAACAGGGUAUAUAUAAAUACAAAAUGCAAAAAAUCCAAAACAUUUCUGGUUCCAGACAUUUCAGAUAAAGGAUUCUCAACCUGUUCUCCCAUUUGACAUGUCUGUGUCAGACUCAGUGAGGACUGGAGAAGCAUCCCAAUCACAUCUAUAUCAGCUAUGCAUGUGGCUCUGCCUUGCUGAAUUGGGACACCCAUCACUAAAGCUGUGCUUAGGGGCACCAGGAGUUUGCAUGGCAGACAAUGUUAUUGAGUGCAUUUACAGAAAAUGACGUGUUGUAGCCACGGCCACAUACCACGCUGCAAAGAGCAGAGGCAGGGAGCAGAAAAGAGGGGGGGACUGCAUAGGAGCAAAAUGAGGGCAAUUCCCCUGCCCAUGAAAUUUUCCUUCAGUCCCCAGAUUUCUAGCAUUUGCAAAGAAUGAAACAUUGGAAAUCAAAGAAUGCUCAUAUUUGCUGUACUCACAUUCCCUUGGCUGCUGUACCUUUCCCUUUUCUUUGGGUAUCUGAAUUGUAUUUCUAAACCCUCCGAUCCAAAUUUUGGUUAAUGCAAUGCUAGAUAUAAAGGGAACUGAAAGGGAAAAUCAUUUGGAGUGCAAAUUUCUAAUGCCCUCACCCCCCGCCCCAAACCUUACUUUUUGGCUAUACAUCUGACAGAAGAAAGCAUUUUGCUCUUUUCUUAUACAAUACUAACCCAUAAUGAUUUAGGAACAAAAUCUUGGAAUAUCAUAUUUUUCCCAGAGCUUGUUACAAUGUUACUCAUAGCCCGCCACUUUUUUAUUUAUUUAUUUCAGUUAUGAGCAGCAGAAAUAUCAUUGAUUUGCAUAAUGAGUUACAGUUGCUCUUUAUUUUGGAUUUUACUUUUGGGGGCAAUUUUGAAUCCUCCUGCCACUAUUUUUUCUAAAAAAGUUUUUAAUAUAAUCUUAUUAAGGUGGGUGCUUUUUCUUGUUAUUCUCCAGUAAUUCUAACACGCAAGACAUUCCUAAGUCAAACUGACAUCAAUUGAGUAACAUAUUUUUUUUAAUAAUGUUUCCUAGCUCUGUUUUUAGAUAGAUUAUCAUCCACUGCUUCAAGAACUGAAAGGAAAGUGUCUCCUUUCAAAUGUCAUAGUAGCAGCCAGCUAAGCACAUAUGAGAAGUCUCAGGGGAAGGAUAAGAUGUGGAAGUAAGGGGGAAAGUUGUAGAAAGUUCUCGAUUGGGUGUCACUAGCUUGCUGCACUAUUGAAAAUGCAUGAGAAAGUGAAGGAGCCCUCCACACACACAUACAGAAAGUCUUAUGUGAGGUCAUCAUGUUUUUACUCUUGUAAUAUGGGGGAAGGGGCAUUUUUCUAUGAAGGAUCUUGGUAAGUUUGUUAUGGUUUAUUUUUUUAAAGGGUUACCUAUGUCCUGUGCAAGUGGAGCUUCAGACCCUUUUCAGCUGUUUGUGUGCCCUUUUAGCACAGAAAAAGAAGCCGCGUCCUUCUGACACACAUGCAUGUGUAAGCUGUAACAUUGUGAGUGAGACAGAAAGCUUAAAGUCUCUCUUGAAUUGUUUUUGUUAUUAACAAUGAAGCAUCUGAUGUAAAGUUUAUGGAAUCACAUUUUUUGUAAUAUAAACUUAAAAGACCCAAAGCUUCUGAUGCUUUCAGUAGGGAAGCUUUGUCAACAUUUUGUACUAAGAAUGUCCCACACACUUCUAUUUUUCUACAAUGACUGAUUAAGGCAUUUAACAAUGUAUUUUGUGCCAGUUAUUUCCACUGAAAUGUUGAAAAACAGAGAAGAUUGGAAUGAUGUUAAUUAACAAUGGAUUUUCAAAGCUGAUCAACAAUGAGUAGCGUUUUUCAUUCAUUUCUUAAAUGCACUGUGAACUGACAAUGUAUUAUAAUGAACAUAUUCUAUUAUUUAUGAAAGUAGUUAUAUUUUGCACUUUGACCUCUCAUUCAUAACCCAAGUAGCUUAUAACUUUGAUUAAAGCAAUAUAGUUGGCCCUCCAUACCCACAGAUCAUUCAUCCAUGGAUUCAAGUAUCUAUGGCUUGAAAAUACCCCUCCCCCCCCAAAAAAAAUACCCCAAAAAAGCAUUUUAUAGAAGGGCUACCAUUUUAACAUGUUUUCAAAGGCUUUCAUGGCUGGAAUCACUGGGUUGCUGUGAGUUUUCUGGGCUGUAUGGCCAUGUUCCAGAAGCAUUGUCUCGUGACAACCUCUGACAGUCCUUACAACCUCUGAGGAUGCCUGACAUAGAUGUGGCUGAAACAGCAGGUGAGAAUACUUCUGGAACAUGGCCAUACAGCCCAGAUAACUCACAGUAACCCAGCUACCAUUUUUCUUUGCCAUUGUAUAAAAUGGGACUUAUGCAUGUUGGUAUCCAAGGGGGUCCUGGAACCAAAUCCCAGCAGAUACCAAGAGCCCGCUGUAGCUAUAAAACAAUAAGCAAACCAUUCAAGCUUUGGAAAAAAGAAACAUCAGCCAGAUAUGCAAAACACAGACCUGGAUGAAACUAAAACACCUCAAUGGUAUGGCUGGGCAGAGAGGAGGCGUGUUAGCCUUUAUGUUAUUAAACACUAGAGACAGAUGAACUUCUGACCAUUUCUGAAAUCUUACUACUGUAAUUUCAUUGUGGGGCUUAGACAAAUUAUUUUUUGAACUACACAUCUCAGAAUCUUUUAUCCAAUACCCACGUAGGGUGGAGAUUUCUAGGAGGUAUAAGUCCCCUUUAGGGAAGAUAAAGCUGGGUAUAAAUAAGUGUUGUUGUUGUUGUUGUUGUUACCAUUUAUCAUCUGCAAAAACCACCCUAUUUGGAUCUGCACACAUUAUUCGCCGAUACAGCAGAUAGUCCUAGACACUUGGGAAGUGUCCAACAUGUGAUCCAAUACAACAGCCAGCAUGGUGAUGUUUUUUGCUGUGUAUUAAUUUUGUUGUGUAUCAAAUAAUAAUAAGCAAGAAUUUUCCCACAUUAAUUUUAAUUGAGAUGACCACACUAAAGGUAAACAACCUGUACACUGCUUGUAUUAAAAGCACUAAGGAAUUCCCAAGGAACUCUGACUUCAGGUUAGACAUGCAUGGGAUUCUACAGCAUACAACUGACAUUUUUAGAAACACAAAUAUAUCUUUUUUCUUGCAACUGCUCAACAUGAAUCAAUAUCCCAUUGAAAUUCCUAUGUAAUUAUUUCCUGUGAGUGUAUUUCAUUUCUGCUUUGGAUAUCUGGCUUGAAAUCAUCUUGCACAAUUUUUAAAGCAAAAGGGCAAUCCAUAGAAAUACAAAAUGUAAUCGAUCAAGCCUGAUGCUAUACUUCUUGUCACCAGUGCUUCAUAUAGGCCCUUUGUAGAGAAACACAUAAAGGCAUGCUUAUAGCUUCUUUUGUGUGUGCAGGUUUUCAUCAUUUUAAUGGCCCACUUGGAAUGAAAGCAUUGCAAGUUAUUAUUGAUUUUGAUGGGCAUAUUAUUUCAUUCAUUCAUUUCCUUGUGUAGAUGAAGGAAAUUAAUAUAUUUAAUCAAAAUCAAGAACUUGGAAAGCUUUCAUUAUUUACAUAAAGCUCAACAAGCAUAAGAGUAGUACCAAUAGUGUAGAUUGAGCACCCUUAUCUGGAAUUUCAAAAUCCAAAAACUUCCAAAAUCUAAAGUCAUCCAUUUUCCAAAAUUUGAAAAAAAAAAAUCUAAAUACAAAACACUUCUGAACCCAAGCAUUUUGGAUAGUUAUGACACUCUUCUUAAUACUAAGUAAUUACUUCAAUUCUUAGCACCAUUAUUUGGUUCAUGUAUGUUGCAAAUAUUCAAACCUAUUGAUAACACACCUGCUUUAAUCUUUUCACUAGAUCAUGAAGCUAAUUACAUGUGUCAUGUUACUCCUGGCCUUACAUCUCUGCAAACUCAGAAUUUUUCUCUAUAGAUCUGGAAAACCUCCUAGAAGGUUUGCUGGUGCCCUCUACAAACAAAAAUUAGUACUACAAGAACUGUCAAUUUUGGAUUUCCACUCAGGCUGACAAUAUUGAGGCUGACUAAAGUUCUUACCUGAAGAUCUUGUUGUUGAUGUCUUCUAACAUGCAGUUCUUGUUGCUGACAUUUGAAAUGACAAAAUCUUCUCUUCAUUAAAGUGCAAGGUUGGCCUGGAGGAGGGAUAUACAUUUCUCACUGGUAUUGCUUUCCUUUUUAAAGACUGCUCACAAUCUACCAGAAAAUUGACCCAGUGGUCCUAUGUCUCCCAUUCAUUUUCAUGGACCAAAGAAGGGGGUCUGUGACUCUCCAGCUAUUGAUUCUGUUAACCACAACCAACAAAAUUUGUGGUCAGGGAUUAUGGGAGGUAUAAUCCAGUAAUAUGAGGAGGACUUCACAAGUUCCCCAACCCUACCACAAAUCAUGCAUUGAAAAGUGUCUUCACAACCUGAAUCUUUUGCCCCUCAUUUUUUAUUGAGGUUUAUGAAAGGUUGUGAUUUGGAAAGGAUGUCAUUUCUGUUCAUUGCUAUAAUUAAAAUUCAAACCAUGUGGAUGUCUCAUACUGUCAUCCCACACAUAAAAUAUUCAGAUUGGGAAACAAACAAGCAAGUGUCUUUGUUGUUGAGUUUAAAUUAUUCUGUUAAUACUCCUGGAAUACCACAUAAAAUUCUUUAUACAGAAGAUAUGUUAAGCUGCCUUUAUUUUGCAGAACGAAUGUCUUUCUCAUUUUACAAGCUUAAGUGGGACAGUGCACUACGUUUCUGUAUCCCUUUGGAUAUGUUGACUUAAUUCAUAGCCUACAACAGCAUGGAAUUUGCAUUCUGACAAUAUAUCAACAUCUGAUGGAGGGGCAAACUAAUUUCUUACAUGAGGGAAAAGACAUCUUGUCACAUUGAUGACUCUGCUAUAAAAAAUGAAAAAAGA